UAAUGGUGUAGCCCCCCCGAAAACGAUGACGUUCAAUUACGAACUCUUGCUGUGUUGUCACACCAGCUGUUUGCAGAAGGAACAAAGUGUCAGUGAACAAGGCUGUUUUGCAAGAAUUUGGGAUUUAAUAAUUGGAUAAUAAAGGCGAUCUCUUCGUGAAGACAUGAGACGGGAGUUACGGAAUAAAUGACAGUUUGCAAAAGUGAACAAUUUCUCACAGAAGUGCUUACAUAAGACUGCAAGACGAUAUCGAAUGGUGGAAAGGGAUAGAUGAGCAAAUAAAGGUCGCUUUAAAUAAAGCCCAGCCUAUUUACAAACUUCUUGGCUGAAUCUUCGGCAAGGAUUUAGGCUAUAGCCACACUCCGGAAGUGUGCGCCAACAAGUGGCGCAAGUUUGCGUGCGAGUCAUGAACGUGGGCACGGCUCACAGCGAGGUCAACCCCAACACGCAGGUGAUGAACAGCCGGGGGAUAUGGCUGUCCUACGUCCUAGGCAUCGGGCUGCUGCACGUCAUCCUUCUCAGCAUCCCUUUCGUCAGUGUCCCCGUAGUCUGGACUCUCACCAACCUCAUCCACAACAUGUGCAUGUACCUGCUGCUGCACACGGUGAAGGGGACCCCGUUCGAGACGCCGGACCAAGGCAAGGCGCGGCUGCUCACGCACUGGGAGCAGAUGGACUACGGCGUCCAGUUCACAGCCUCACGCAAGUUCCUCACCAUCACACCCAUCAUCCUGUAUUUCCUCACCAGCUUCUACACCAAGUAUGACCGGGUCCACUUCAUCAUCAACACCGUGUCCCUCCUGACUGUCCUCAUCCCCAAGCUCCCACAGCUGCACGGCGUGCGCAUCUUUGGCAUCAAUAAGUACUGAGGCACAAAGGCCAUGAGUGUGUGUGUGUUUGUUUGUUUGUUUGUUUAUAAGGACUAAACUUCCUCCUCUCUUCUGUACCAAUGGUUGGUGAAGUAUUGCUCAGCGCUCAGACGUUGAGGCCAAAGGCGAGGAAGGAUUAGGCGACUCAACCCCCCCCCCCCCACUCCUUUGCUUUCAGUGUCAAUCUCAUCUGCCAUGGUAGAGCCACUAAGGGACUGGAACUGUGUGUGUGUGCGUGCGUGCGUGCGUGCGUGUGUGUGUGUGUGUGUGUGUGUGUGUGUGUGUGUGUGUGUGUGUGUGGCAUCGUUUGGAGAAAUGAAGAGGACCCGAGUACGGAGGACAGUGGCUUGGCCCUGGCAAAUCGACGACCCUUGGAUAUCUGUGUCUGUCAAUUAUUUGUCUGCCCUCUGUGUGUGUGUGUGUGUGUGAGUUUGUACCGUUUUCUAAGCAAGCAAGAAGAGGCUCCCCAAAGACUGUGAAAGCCAGGAGCCUAAUUGCCUCCCUCGGCCCCUGUCAGAGGAAGCCAAAUGUACCAGGCUGUGAUGGGAGAGACGUUAAGAGAAGGGCAGUGGAUAACCUCAACAGCCACCCUAUUUUUACACAGCACCAUCAGACGGUACUGAGCACAUUAUAAUCUCUGGCCUGCACUCUUUCUCCUUUUGCCCUCUUUCUGUCCUUUUCCUUCUCGCCCCUUUCUCCCUCUCCUCUCUCUCUCUCUCUCUCUCUCUCUCUCUCUCUCUCUCUCUCUCUCUCUCUCUCUCUCUCUCUCUCUCUCUCUCUCUCUCUCUCUCUCUCUCUCUCUCUCUCUCUCUCUCUCUCUCUCAGAGUCUCAGUGCACUAGUUGAGUGGGCCAAGGUGGAUGAGUGUGUGGUGUGGGCGGUGGGGCUGGUUUGUGGACGGAGGAAGUCAGUCUGACCAAGGGAAUUAUUUUUAGCUUGUGCCCCUAAUUGUCAGGAAACGUCGGGGAAAGUCCAGACAUACUUAUAUGAUUGUCUCAGUAUCGUUACAAUUCUUCUUCUCCUCACCCCCAAGUUAACCUGAGCCCCAUUCUGUCAUUCCUUGGAGACGCUUUCAUGCCGCAACUGUUCCCACACUGGAAAUCUGCCAUUCCUCAAGCACACGUCAUCUCUCCGGGCGGGAGUCAGUGGGGAGAGCAUUAAGGUGUAGGGGGGGGAAAGGUUAGUGUUUUACAUGAUCUUUGCACACUUCACAUAUUUCAUUAGCAGGGAUAAGAUACUUUAAGUGUGUUGUGCCAUCGUGACUGAUAGCUAUUGAUUGCCUUGUCAGGAGCGUUGAUGAGACAAGACAGAUAAAAGGCCUGUGGAGGUUUCGGAGCGAGACCAGAUGACCGUUGGACUGUGCUCUGGACAGUCUCAGAAAAAGAAGGCAUACCAUUGGCAAACCAUUCAAACUAUUCCCUUUUGUGCUUGUUCUAACAUUGACCUAUUUGGUACUGGCAUCUAACACCACUUUGUGGUAAGAGCCUUAAAGCCAUUAAAUGUAGUCCUACAAGUAAAGCCUUUAAUUUUAUGGUUAUUUUAUUUAUUUAAUCCAAACAGUGCAGAUGGAUUUUCUUGCCUCUCUUUGUUCAAUUUCCAACGACUGCAGUUCAGUUGCCAGUGACAUUAUCUUUUUUGGGGUUGAUAUUAUUAUGUGGAGUUCUAUUAUUAUGAGAUUUGUGUUGUAGUGGGAUGCUUGUUGUUGUAUAUGGGUACAGAUCAGCAGACGGCAGUCAGUAAUGGUGCAACACAACCAUAAUGUCAGCACAGAGUCGCCAUUGUUCAAGCAGAUGGGUCCUGCCUAAAGAAGGGCCUCUGUUUUUUAAAGUCACGACUCUGGGUCUAAUCGGCCUGGAACCUUUACUUUGGCGUUGGUUAGCUCCCUAACUGAUCUGGAAACAGCCCAGAGGGGACUCCAGGGUGUCUCGAUGACAUUAAUUGUCAAAGCGGAGACUCGCAGCACAGUAAGGGGUUUCCCUCGGGCCCUUUGCUGUCUUUUUGACAAAGUAGGACAGGGCUAAUUUUGGUGUGCCGAGGCGAGGGAGACUUUUUUUCUUUUUUAUCAUGAAGCACUUGUGAACUGAAUGGGUCAUUGGUGUGUUUUCAGCAGAAAUGGCUUAUCAUUUUUUUCCCCCACUACUAAACAACAACAUCCGUGAUCCCUGAGAGAUACUGUCCUGAGUAGUGUUUGUCAGCUUAUGACCUCUGAGGCUUGUGUUUUGAGAGUGUAAUGUUUCCGCCAUUUGGUUUGUACAUGUACAUGAUUUGGUUGGUACAUGUUUACUGUGCAGAUAAGGAAAGGGCCUACAUGCAAAUCAUAUUGGUUGUGACUGAUGGAGACUAAUUGUGGCAGCCUUUGGUUGCUGGAUAGAGACUGUGAAGAUGUUCUUCCAUGGAACCUGAGCAUAUGCAGUUUGAGCUCUUCGUAUACAACAAUGUUUGUAAUACUUUGUGUUCAUUGCAAUACAGUAUUCAUUUGUAGCAUCCCAGUCACAGAAAAUAACAUGUCAUUGUUAUUUGACCGGUUCUUCAUACAUGUGUGUCAGAUGACCCUCCAUUGUAACAUUUUACGUGGUUCUCAAAAAGCUGUUAUCAGUUCUGUUUUUUUGUUUAAUGAAAUUAUUUACAUGACAUUGUUUACUUCUCAUUCUUCACUGUCACUUGAAGCAGAAGGUCACGUCCUUGGAAGUAGCGGACACUCAAAACCAAAAGUUGACCGUCAUCGCUCUGCUGCACCCUUUGCAACGUGAGGCAGGGCCUUGUGCCGGCUCGCUGACCCUAAUGUGGCCACUUGUUAAACACUGAGGAGAGGUGACCGUCUGACCAGGGCGAGAGUGACUGACCACCUCUGUGUCUGAUAGUCGAGCGUUGCUAUCAGAGGAAGUGAGCUGUCAUCGAGGGUGUUGAUUAUUGGUUAGAACUGCUCCUGCAUGCUCCUUUUCUCCCUCUGCUUCACUCUCUUUCUCUCUCACUGGCUCUCGGUCUCCUCUUCUCCAUUUCAGACAGGCAAACAGUGGGGUUGACAAGUGGACUUUGAUAUGUUUUGAGACCUGUUAAACUGAGGUGUAAUGAUUUCAGACCCUUUUUCAUACCCUUUUUCCAGUUUACUUAGAUUGUCAAAUGUGUUUUUAUUGGCUAAACAUCAACAUCUGUAACAGUGAGUCAUGUACACAUACUGAAAGAAGGGCUACCUGUUUGUUCACAUUCAAACCAGGUGCAGACAUUGUUGAUGUACGUAACAUGACAUUAAACACCUUGAAAGAUUUCUGGUUUACUAGCCAGCAAAAUUAGGAAUCAAAAAUGAUGCACAACUAUUUCAACACAUUUGAUGAUUUAUUUCAUUGUAUUUUAAGCACACUUAUAUCAGAGACUCAACCUUAAAUGUGUUGUUGAGAAGAAUACAGUUAGCACUAGAGGCUUGACAAAUUCAGUGCUUACACUGCACUGUUAUUGCACUUACACUGUCAAUAUGGAAUGCUUUUCAAACCUUGAAAAUAAUUUUCAUUGAGCGUUGUCUAGAAUCCCCCUAAACUGGGCUUGUUCCCUGUACAUGGAUUAAGUCCUUGUCUUAGACUACUUAAGUGAAGAUCUCCAUUGAAAAAGAGCUUGUAGUCUCAACUAGGCUUAAUCCAUGUAUGGGGAGCUGCCCCAAAUGUUACAGACCUGCCACAACAGGCUGGAAAUGUAAUUUUUACUACUAUGUUCUUUAGUACUAUGAGAAAUAAAGUGUAUUCAUGUAAACAAA